AUGGCCAUCCCGCAGCGACUCGCCCCCUCCUCCAAGAACCUGAAGGAGUUUUACGUUGGCAAGGAUGUUAGUGACGUUCCGAGGCCGGCGGUGGUUUUGGAUGUGGCCAAGGUCCGGAGACACUGCCACUCAAUGUUGGAAGCUGUCGACGACUUGGGCGUGGGGUUUCGAUUCCAUGUUAAAACUCACAAGACCAAGGAAGUCACACAGCUACAAGCGGGCGAAAGGUCAAAAAAGAUCAACUGCAUCGUGUCAACCGUAGCAGAGAUGGAGCACCUUCUCCCUACGUUCAAAGAGUACAGCCACGCCGGCCGCCACGUCAACGUUCUCUACGGCGUCCCGCUCCUCGGGUCCCAGGUCGAGCGCCUCGCCCCAUUGAGCAAAGAACUCGGCAGAGACGGACUCACAGUCCUUGUUGACCACCCUUUGCAACUUGACUCGGUCCGUCGCUUGCACGAUCUGAGCGGCCUCCCGGUAGGCGUUUAUCUCAAGGUAGACACAGGUUACCACAGGGCGGGUCUACCAGCCGCGGCUCUCAACAAGGGCGGCCUGCUGGAACAGCUCACCCAGCUCGAUGCGGAGGGAAAAGCAGUCUUGGUGGGACUGUACUCCCACAGCAGUCUCAGCUACAAGGACACCACGGCCGACCAGGCGAUGCACAACCUAGCCGGGGAAAUCGAGGGCUGUCUCGAGGCCCUCCACGCCAACGAGGGCCUCCUCGCCGGCAACGGCGCGAGAGAAAUCACCAUUAGCGUCGGCGCGUCUCCUCAGGUCACCGCCAUCGAGAACCUGACGGGUCCCACGGCGGCCAGCGGAUCCGGCGAAGCGCGUCUCCGGACAGCCAUCGGCAAAGUCCGAGAGGGGUCGCGGCGCGGGGUCAGGUCGACGCUCGAGCUCCACGCCGGUGUGUAUGCCGUCCUCGACAUGCAGCAGAUGGCAACCCGCUCGCGGACGGCGCUGGGAAGCUACGAAGACGAGGUCGCCAUCUCCGUCGUCGCGGAGGUGUGCAGCGUCUACAACGACGGCGAGCGCCAGCGGCCCGAGGCGCUCGUCGCUGUCGGCGUGCUGGGUCUCGGGAGGGAGCCCUGCCCUUCGUACCCGGGUUGGGGCGUCGUUGGGCGCGGGCCGGGUUCCGAGUUUGCGGGAGAAUGGAGGCUUAUCGUGGAGAGGAUCAGUCAGGAACAUUCAAGUCUCUCCUGGGACGUUGGGUCUGGAGAGGAUGCCGAUUUGCCGGCGAUCCCGCUCGAGGUCGGACAGACUGUCAGGAUUUACCCGAACCAUGCGUGUGUGACUGGUGCUCUGUACGGUUGGUAUCUUGUUGUCGACUCAAGUAGGUCGAACAAGACGGAAAUUGUGGAUGUUUGGAUUCGGGGGUCGGGUUGGUGA